AUGUCCCUCUCCCUCCUGUCCUACCUCCCGCACCAAGAGGGCUUCCUCCCCAAAUGGCUCCUUUUUCUCGCCGCCGUAUCCAGUAUAAACACCUGCCAAGCCCUAGUCAGCCCAUCCUACACGGCCUUGCUAUACAAUAACAGCCCAACCAACGGGCUCCAGUCGCGCACUUUUGGCACCUGGACCUUCAUCUCCUCCGUUGUCCGCGCGUACGCUGCCUUCCACAUUGACGAGCCUCAUAUGUACGACCUGGCAAUGUGGACCUUUGGAACUGCGUUCGUGCAUUUCGCGAGCGAAUUGUUGAUUUUCGGUAGCGCGAAGCUUAUGGGGUAG